UGAAGGUUUUCCCAAGUUUUCAGAAGGAAGUAUGAUUCAGGGUAGUUUUUCUGGCUUCACAUAACUCCUCAAACCUUGGGCUCCUAUUGGACAUUGUUACCCUCUUUUUCAGUCAUUUUCAUAUGGUACUUGUUUUUUAUCACAGUAACCACCCCAAAACUGAGCUUGGCAAAGAUAUGACAUCAUCAAAAGGAUGCAGAGCAAUCAUGUUGAAAUUGAGCAACAUCAAGCUAGUAGUUUGUAGAGCCUGACAGAUGUCAAAUGUUGCUGUGUUUCACAUUUCAAACAUCCCGUGGUGCCCCUGUGACAUCUGGUCUACAGUUUGUGUGAUGCUGAUACUACUGAUCUGGAGACCACACUUGGAGACCAGUAGUAACUGCUUUUUUAAAAAACUAGAAGUACAGAAGAGAGAUUUUCAAAGUUGUAGUGCCAGCCAAGAAUAAAAUUUCUUCCUUUGGACAGGCAAGCAGACUGAUAAAGGAAUAUAUUCAAAUCAAACAGUUUGGAAACAGCGUGUUCCAUGGGAAACGGUACGAGCAGACUCUAUAGUGCUCUGGCCAAGACACUGAACAGCAGCGCUGCCUCCCAGCACCCAGAGUAUUUGGUGUCACCUGACCCAGGACAUCUGGAGCCCAUUGAUCCUAAAGAGCUCCUGGAGGAAUGCAGGGCCGUCCUGCACACUCGACCUCCCCGCUUCCAGAGGGAUUUUGUGGAUCUGAGGACAGACUGCCCCGGUAGCCACCCACCUAUUAGGGUCAUGCAGUGGAACAUCCUCGCCCAAGCUCUUGGAGAAGGCAAAGACAACUUUGCACAAUGCCCUGUUGAGGCACUCAAGUGGGAAGAAAGGAAAUGUCUCAUCCUAGAAGAAAUCCUUGCCUACCAGCCCGAUAUCUUGUGCCUCCAAGAGGUGGACCACUAUUUUGACACCUUCCAGCCACUCCUCAGUAGACUGGGCUAUCAAGGCACGUUUUUCCCCAAACCCUGGUCCCCUUGCCUAGAUGUUGAACGUAACAAUGGACCCGAUGGCUGUGCCUUGUUUUUCCUCCAGAACAGAUUCAAGCUAGUCCACAGUGCCAAUAUUAGGCUGACGGCCAUGACCCUGAAAACCAAUCAGGUGGCCAUUGCACAGACCAUGGAGUGCAAGGAGUCUGGCCGGCAGUUCUGCAUCGCCGUCACCCACCUGAAAGCACGUACUGGCUGGGAGCAGUUUCGAUCAGCUCAAGGCUGUGACCUUCUCCAGAACCUCCAGAGCAUCACCCAGGGAGCCAAGCUUCCCCUUAUUGUGUGUGGGGACUUCAAUGCAGAGCCAACAGAGGAGGUCUACAAACGCUUCGCCUCCUCCAGCCUCAACCUAGACAGCGCCUACAAGCUGCUGAGUGCAGACGGGCAGUCGGAACCGCCGUACACCACCUGGAAGAUUCGGACCUCAGGGGAGUGCCGGCACACCCUGGACUACAUCUGGUAUUCUAAACACGCCCUGAGCGUGAGGUCAGCUCUGGAUUUACUCACCGAAGAACAGAUUGGACCCAACCGGCUACCAUCUUUGAAUUAUCCUUCUGACCACCUGUCUCUAGUAUGUGACUUCAGCUUUAAUGAGGAACCUGAUGGACUUUUAUAAACACUUAUCUGUGUCUUUUUAAUUACAAGAGUCUUAACCAGGGAUGUUUUAGGAAACUGAAACAGGGUAUGUUGCCCAAGGAAGGCUUCCCAGUUUCUCUCACUUCACUUCCAUGUUUCCAGCAUGCCCCUGGGAAGGAAUCCCCUUAGUUCACAAACCUUUUCCAUUAAAACCUACCGCAAAAAAGGUGUUUGCACUCCAGUUUUGGCUUGUAUUCUUUCCCUUAGCAUUACACAUUGUUCAUUUAAGGGCAUUAAAUUAGGCUUGCUUUUUUGGUUUGAUGAUGCUAUAUAGAAAUAGAAUUGAGUCCUCCACGAUUAACUAUGUAAGAUGCAGGAGCAAUUUCUCUAGACAGCAUUUCAAGUUAUUUAUUUGUGAGUUUUCUAAAUGUCAAUGAGAUAUGCAUGGCAAUAUUUAUUUUUUAUAUCUUCGUGUAAAAUUAAUAUAGUAUUAUGAACAUUUGAAAACCAUGCAAACAUAAGUUAGUAAUUUAUAGUAAUUUCCUUCAAGCUUGAAGAUAUUUUUAUUUUGGGGUCUAACAAAAUAGUAGUGUACUACUCAGUAGUGAACUAUUUUGCCUGGAGGUGUCUUAAGUGGGAGUAUCAGGUCUUCCUGGUAUGUUCUUCAUAAAUAAUUCUUGCUGUGCCUCCAUCUCCCCCAUUACUGUGUUUUCAGAAGAGAUUCCAUGACCUAUCAGUCUUCAUUACUCACUGUCGAUGCAGUGAUAGUUUCCCGUUGGCAUGUUCUUGGUAGACACUGGAGGUCACUCAGUGUCAUCAUCGAUAUUGGAAUAUGCUUUUCAUAAUAGGUUAUUUAGGAGCUGUUUUAUGGCAAUGGCUAAGAAAGUCAGUGGGACCUUCUUUUCAGAGAUGGAAAACUAGAAAACCUUUUCAUGAGGCUCACACUGAAAUUUCCUAAGAUAACCAGGUCACUGGUUCAAAGCAUCUAGAAAGAAUGUAAAAAGUUAGACAACCUGGAAUUCUCUUCCAUCAGAGAAAAA